AAAUAAAACCAGGAUUAAAGUUAAUCUACAUCGACAGAAAUGCGACGUAAAUCCGAAAAAAAUCAAAUCCAACGUUUCCAAUGAUCACAUCGCAAUGCGUAAUUAUUCAAAAUAAUUAAAAAAAAAUCAUUCUCGCUUCUUAAUUUCUUAUUUACAGAACGGAACGAACGUCGGCGGUUAUGAAAAUUAAAAUAGCCCGUUUACGUAAAUAUCGAAAUUGGAUGUGGAGAUGAGUGUUGCCGCCAUCAAUUACCUGCUAGAACGCAGGUGGUGUGUUUUGAGAUGUAAUUUUAUAAUCGUGUUCAGCAGUGUGUUAUCACACACGUGUUGCGUACCGUAAUUUACAUUAUACGGCACUUAUCGAAAAUUCUCCGGGAGCGCACGGUCAAGGUGAUCGAGGCGACGGGGAAGGGAGAUGAAGGGAAGAGAAGGGUUAAGGGCGAGCGGCAUCAGCGGGCGAGCUCAAGUCGUUGGUCGAGCUUUCCCGCCUUUCAAAUAUCCCGGACGCGAAUCGAACUCGCGCGGUGAGUGUGUUUACUCGUCGUCACGUGUGCGACGACAACGACGACGACGACAACGACAACGACGACGACGUGGCGGCGUAUCGAUUCCUCCGAAUCGCGCAUUGAAGCCUUCGUGGCGAACAAAACGGACGAGUGGACCAGUCGUCUCGACGUAAAGACGUAAACAAUACCGUGAGAGACGUCGUCGUUUGUGCCCGUGCGCAUACGAAAGAGAAAGAGAGAAAGGGAGAGGGAGAGAGAGAGAGGUACACAUUUGUUAACGGGGAAAACGUCGAUGACUCGAUGACGCACGAGGUGUUAUAUGGGUCAAGGAAUAUAGGCCGACAUGACGGCGGCGGCGGUUUCGCGUCGCGCGUUCUUGAAACCGGGAAAGUCCACGGCGACGACGGAACGGCAGACGAGUCUACGGUCGAGUCGGCGCGUGGAAACCACGUAGUUAGAGAAGGAUUCCGCGCGAGAAAGGCGACGAUGUGAUAGACUACAAAGCGGAACAGAGAACGGCGCGCAGCGGCGGGAGAAAGAAAGAAAGAGAGAGAGAGAGAACGACGGACGGUACCGAGUGUUUUGUUUACAUACGCGGUUGACGGCGUGACCUUUUACAAGACUCCUUUCCCGCGUGAAUCGGUAGUGUUUGCGUGACACGCGUUAUCGAAGUUGGUUGGUUUUUGCCAAAGAGCUUCGCUCUCUGUAAGACGUGCGCGAUUCUCUCGCUUUUCUAUUUAGAGUCAGUCGAAAGCCGCGUUGUAUCUGUGAAAGAGAAAAUUCGCGAUAUCCUUCCUAGUGGCGAAAGCGGCAUCAGCGCGAUUAAACGUCGUCGCGAUCUGUUUCAGGGACACGUAAACUGACGGUACGCCUCGCAAUUCGUGGCGUGAUGUUACUCAAACAGAUGCUGGAUCCGAGCGUAUUAACGGACCUGGAGGAGCUGACGCUUUGCGGUUGCUGCAAGCAGAAGUACAAUGACGUAGAGCAAUGCCCCAAGUAUCUUAGCUGCAAGCAUUACUUCUGCCUACGGUGCAUCGAGAGCAAUCUCCUGAAGGGACGCGAUCUGCAGUGCGCACAUUGCUGGAAAACGACGGAUUUGGGUAACCAAGGCGCGGACGCUUUACCGACUCACUCUGCUCUACUUGCCUUGGCCAACAAUUUGUCGCGUCUCAAGAUCACGACAAACAAUACGUCCGGCAAACCUGACAAGGAGAGGAAGAGCGAGAACUGUCACACACACGGAAUGCCGCUAGCAUUGUGGUGUGCGACAUGUUGCACGGCGCUUUGUAGGGCGUGCGCAAGCCCGCAGGAUCACCCGGGUCAUCAGAUCAAAUCGCAAACCGAUGCCAAAGAACAGCUCAUAUCCGACGUUCAACUGGAGUUAGUCACUGUGGGUAAACUGUCGACGGAGAUUCAAAGACUGGCCGUGCAGCAACGCGAGUUUCUGAUAAAGGUGCUGGAGGCAUGUGUGACGUUGAAGACGCAUGUAGAGACGGAUCUGCAAAAUGGCUGGAGUCACUUUCCCGAGAUAACGGACGCGCGCGAGACUCUAGGCAAGACGAGGGCUGGCCUGCAGAUGAGCGAGACUCCGGGUGAUGUUUACAGCCUACACUCGCAGUUAAUUCUCGAGAAACAAAGGUUGCAGUCAAAAUAUCAAGAGAUGAUGUUACAGUGCCAGCUAGAUGAUCUCAUUGGCAACUCUGGAGUGAUAUUCGACUUUGCCUUGCUAAAACAGGCAUUAGCAGGGAUACACACGGGAGAUCCGAUUGUCCCUCAAGGAAAUGGCGGUCGCUUGCCGAAUCAUCUCGCGGCUUCACAUAAUCCGAUUUUGUUCCUCGCAAAUUAUUGCAUGUCGCAGUUGUACACCCGUCACGUCGUUAGCAAGCAACAGCACAUGCAGAACGGUUCGAUGGAGUAUCAUCAUUCAAGUAUGAUGCCACCACCGCCCCAACAAGCGCCAUCCGUUCACGUUCAUCAGGGUCCACCGGCGCCACCACCGGGACCGGGACCCAAUCAAGCUCCCCAGCAGCUUCUCAUUCCACCCGGUUCACCGUCCGUUAAACCCGUACCGCCUGCACCGCCCAACGCUAUGUUGCACCCGCAGCAACAGUCAACGUUCAUGUCUGACGCGGUCGGCACUGGCGCCGGUGGCGGUAGUCUAGUGACCGUCCACUCGUCCCCGCAACCGCCGUCCAACGCGAUAACGGCGACGUUGACGCGAGGUCCUGCGAAUCCGUAUCCUCUGUACUACUUCAACAUCGAGGUGAAUGGUUCACCGCACGGGCGCAUCGUGAUCGAAGUGCGACCAGACGCAGCGCCGAAGAUGGCCAAGAACUUCAGCGUGCUGUCAACGGGAGAGAUCGGAUUCGGAUACAAGGGAUGCACGAUAUUCCAGUGUUGGGAAGGCGAGUCCGUGAUCACAGGUGACUUCGAGCUUAACAACGGCCGCGGUGGACGCAGCAUAUUUGACGACGGUUAUUUCAUGCCGGACGAUACCAAGUUCCCGGCGGUUAGGGGCGCGGUGGGCAUGAGGCGGACGCAGAAACGGCACGACAACCUCGGCAUGGUCGGCUCGCAAUUUCGCAUAAUCCUGCAGGAGAUGCGCGGCUUUACUGGCAUCUUCGGCCACGUUGUCGAGGGAUUGGAGCUAGUGGAGAAGAUAUCUACGUACGGCGAUCAGACCGGCAAGCCUACCAAGAAUAUUCUAAUCACGAAAUGCGGUAAAUUGUAACGUUUAUGAUGUCGCUGUCGCGCGGUUUGUUGCAACGCGGGGUAAUUCUCCGAGAAAUGAGUAUACACUCCGAGUAUAUAU